GAAACACUAUCUUUAGUUAAAAACAUCCACAAAUUAACGACGAUUCAAACCUUCUACGUAAAUCAAUGUCUUUUUAUAACCGGCGGUACAGGUUUUAUGGGAAAAAUGUUGAUUGAAAAAUUAUUACGAGGAUGCCCUGGCAUCAACUGCAUUUACGUUUUGAUACGUAAGACAAACGAUAAAAGUAUCUCUAAAAAAAUGGAAGAAAAUGUCGAAAAUUCGUUAUUUGACACGCUGAGGAAGCAACAGCCAGGAUUCCAAAAUCGCAUAGUGGCGAUCGAGGGUGACUGUAGUUUGCCGAAUCUCGGUAUUUCGACAACCGAUAGAGCUAAACUCAUACGAGAAGUUUCUAUUGUUUUUCACGUUGCCGCUACUGUGCGGUUCAACGAGAAAAUUAAAUUGGCGGCAGCUAUUAAUGUUCAAAGCCUGAAGGAUUUGAUACACUUAUCUAAGGAAAUGUCGAAACUAAAGAGUUUCGUCCAUGUAUCAACGGCUUAUGCCAAUUGUCUUGAAAAUCAAAUCGUGGAGAAAUUUUAUGAUCCAUCGAUGAAUGCCGACGAAUUCAUCGAUUUGAUGGAAUCUAUGGAUGAGUAAUUGCUCGAUGAUGCU